AUGGACCACAAAGAUUUCGUAUCCGACAACCUGACCCGCCUGACGGGCGCGUCAGAUUCCACCCUCAUCGACUUCGUGCUCGCGACAGCUUCCUCCGCCAAGUCGACCACCUCCCUCACCGAAAAACUCACAGCCUUCCUCGAUGCCCCCAAUCCAGCCGACAUCGGCUCCUUCGCCCGCGAGCUCCACGGCCGCAUGGGCAAGGGCGCCCAGCCCAGCGCCCCAGCCAAGCCCGCAGCAAGCAAUGACAAGAAGAAAUACCGCCUAGUCGACAUGGGCGAAGAGCCCGAUUCUACAACACUAGGACCUACGAAUGUUGAAGCCGAGCGCGAGCGAGAGAGAAGACGUGCCCGGGACAGCGGCAAAGAGCGACGAAGCAAGCGGGAUGAGCCCAGACGCGAAGACGAUAGCCGGAAGCGCGACCGCAGCAGAGAUCUUGAAAGCCGGGACCGGCCACGCACGAAGAAGCUCCGCAAGCGGGACGAGGAUUUCGACGAUCGCUGGGGUGAUGAGGAGAUACCCUCUGACUACGAGGAGGAGUUUGAAGAAUCGCCGCCGAAGCGGACGCGGAUUGACGAUGGUUCUGUUUCGCCUCGUCCCGAAGAAAUCGAUCCCAAGACUCAGGAGGAGAUUGAUCGACAGAAAGAUCUGCGAGAACGAGACGAGUUCGCGAAGCGAUUGGCUAGUAAGGACGAUAGCAAGUCGAAGAAGAUUGUUGAGGAUCGUACGCGUGAUGGCGAGGCUGCGCGGAGACGUGCGCUAGCUGAUGAUGCUAAGGCGCGGGCGGCGAUGAUGCCUGAUCUGCGUGAGAGGUCGAGACAGGAAUAUUUGAAGAAGCGGGAGACGGAGCGGCUGGCAUUGUUGCGGAGGCAGGUUGUUGAGGAGGCUGCAGAGCUGCGGGAGAAUCCCAAUUUGUCUCGGAAGGAGAAGGAGGAGUUUGCGCGGAAUCGAGAGGUUCUUCGCAUUGCUGAGGAGAGGCUUAGGAUCGAUGAUCAUCGUGAUGGGUAUAUGAUGCCCGAUGACUACAUCACGGAGAAGGGGAAGAUCGAUCGCAAGAAGAAGGAAGAUGCGCUGUAUAAGCGGUACGUGGAACGAGAUGAGAUGGGCCAGGAACGGUUCGUCACUGAGCACGAGGAGUGGGAGCUUGAACAGGCGGCCAAGGCCAAGGCACAGAUCAAGAAGGCCGAGUUCGUGGAUGAGGGCGACUAUGAGUAUGUCUUCGACGAUUCACAGCAGAUCAACUUUGUCAUGGAUGCCAAGAUGGCUGGUACGCAGAAGCCGAUGACACAGGAGCAACUGCGAUUCAAGGAGCAGGUUGAUGCGGCCGAGAAGAAGGCUCUGACCAUGGAAGAGACUCGAAAGAGCCUUCCGAUCUACCAGUUCCGUGAUCAGAUCAUCCAAGCUGUGGCAGACCACCAGGUCUUGAUUAUUGUCGGUGAGACCGGCUCUGGAAAGACUACGCAGAUCCCCCAGUACCUCCACGAGGCCGGCUAUACCAAGGACGGACUCAAGGUUGGCUGCACCCAGCCGCGACGAGUGGCUGCCAUGAGUGUUGCGGCGCGUGUGGCCGAGGAAAUGGGCACGAAGAUCGGCAACGAAGUCGGUUACGCCAUUCGAUUCGAAGACAACACGAGCGACAAGACCAUUCUCAAGUACAUGACCGAUGGAAUGCUGCUGCGUGAACUCUUGACCGAGCCCGACCUGAGCCAGUACUCAGCGUUGAUGAUCGACGAGGCCCACGAACGGACGGUGCCUACUGAUAUCGCCUGUGGCCUUCUCAAGGAUAUCGCCAAGGCGCGACCUGAUUUGAAAUUGCUCAUUUCCUCCGCGACGAUGGAUGCGCAAAAGUUCCAGAAGUAUUUCGACGAUGCGCCCAUUUUCAACAUCCCCGGUCGUCGAUACCCCGUCGAUGUGCACUACACCUCGCAGCCCGAGGCCAAUUACCUCGCCGCGGCCAUCACCACCUGUUUCCAGAUCCAUGUCACCCAAGGUCCCGGAGAUAUCUUGGUGUUCUUGACCGGUCAAGAAGAAAUCGAGGCGGCAGAGCAGAGUUUAGCAGAAACGGCUCGAAAGCUAGGGAGCAAAAUACCGGAAAUGAUCAUUGCUCCUAUCUACGCCAAUUUACCGUCCGAGAUGCAGACGAAGAUCUUCGAGCCUACGCCCCCUAAGGCGCGCAAGGUGGUUCUUGCCACCAACAUUGCCGAGACCAGUUUGACCAUUGAUGGUAUUGUCUACGUGAUUGACCCCGGUUUCGUCAAGGAAAACGUCUUCAAUCCUCGCACCGGCAUGGAAAGUCUCGUCGUGACCCCUUGUUCCCGAGCCUCAGCCAACCAGCGCGCCGGUCGUGCAGGACGUGUCGGGCCCGGAAAGUGCUUCCGCUUAUACACCAAGUGGGCAUACUACAACGAGCUGGAAGAGAACACCACGCCCGAGAUCCAACGAACGAACCUGAACGGAGUCAUCCUGAUGCUGAAAUCCCUGGGAAUCGACCAACUCCUCGACUUCGACUUCAUGGAUCCGCCGCCAGCGGAAACGAUCAUCCGGGCCCUCGAACAGCUCUACGCCCUGGGCGCCCUCAACGACCGCGGCGAACUCACCAAAGUCGGUCGCCAAAUGGCCGAAUUCCCCACAGACCCCAUGCUGGCCAAAGCCAUCCUCGCCUCCGACAAAUACGGCUGCGUCGAAGAAGUGCUUUCCAUCGUCUCCAUGCUCGGCGAAGGCAGCGCCCUCUUCUUCCGACCAAAGGACAAGAAGAUCCACGCCGACAGCGCCCGCAACCGCUUCACCAUCAAAGAAGGCGGCGACCACCUCACCCUCCUCAACGUCUGGAACCAAUGGGUCGAUUCAGACUUCAGCCCCAUCUGGGCCAAAGAGAAUUUCCUCCAGCAGCGCAGUCUCACGCGCGCGCGCGACGUCCGCGACCAGCUCGCCAAAUUGUGCGAUCGCGUCGAAGUCGCUGUCAGCACUUGCGGCGCGACCAACAUGCAGCCGAUCCAGAAGGCUAUUACAGCUGGCUUCUUCCCGAAUGCGGCGCGUCUGCAGCGCGGUGGCGAUAGUUAUCGCACGAUCAAGAAUGGCCAGUCUGUUUACUUGCAUCCUUCCAGUACGCUGAUGGAGGUGAAUCCACGCUGGGUCAUUUACUUCGAGCUGGUACUUACCAGUAAAGAGUACAUGCGCAGCAAUAUGCCGCUGCAGGCAGAGUGGCUGGUGGAAGUUGCGCCGCAUUAUUAUAAGAAGAAGGAUCUGGAGAGUCUGGGAUUGGAUCGCAAGCAGUCGAAGGGGCAGGGGUUGGCCGGAGAGAAGAAAUGA